CGCGUCCAUGUAAAUAGUGACACAUUGCCGCCGCCGUCGUCUUCCUCCAUAAAAACACUCUCAAAUUACUUCUUCUUCUUCUUCAACCAGUUUAUUUACUUCUCUCAGCUGAUUCCUUCUGUUGAUUAUUUCUUCUCCAACCCGCUCCAGAAAGGAAUCUGUUUAGGAAUCUCGAAUGAAUUAGCAGCUCUACCUGCUUCAGGAACGAUGCUUUUCUCGGCGCUUCUUACUUCGGUCGGAAUCAAUCUCGGCCUCUGCGCUGUCUUCUCCCUCUUUUUCUCCGUCUUGAGGAAGCAGCCCGGCAAUGCCGACGUUUACGCCCCGCGGUUCCUUGCGGAGGGGGAGUCUCAGGGGACAUCUCGAUUCGAACUUGACAGGUUGUUUCCGUCCGCCGGCUGGGUUGCCAGAGCCUGGAGUGUCUCCGACGACGAGCUCUUAUCAGUUUCCGGCUUGGACGCUGUGGUUUUCAUGCGGAUUUUUGUAUUCGGAUUUAAGGUGUUUUCAUUUGCUACAGCAGUUGGGGUCCUCCUUCUCCUUCCCUUCAAUUACAUGGGGAAUCAGCUGAGUCUUGAUUUCACUGACCUGCCAAACAAAUCAUUGGAGUCAUUCACUAUUUCAAAUGUUGAUGAUGGGUCAAAGAGGUUAUGGAUCCACUUCUCUGCGGUGUAUGUAUUCACGGUGUUUGCUUGCUAUCUUCUCUAUGCUGAGUAUGACCAUAUUUCAUCUAAAAGGCUUGCCUGUUUCAAUUCAUCAAAACCUAAGCCACAUCAAUUUACGGUUUUAGUUCGAAGUAUUCCAGCAUUGCCAGGGAAAAGCUACAGUGAAGUUAUUGAGAGCUUCUUUAUGGAAUACUAUCCUUCUGCAUAUCUCUCACACUCUGUUGUCCGCCGAAGUAGAAAGCUCAAAGGCCUCAUUAAUGAAGCUGAUAAGGUGUGCCGAAAGCUGACCCACUUGAAAACACUAGACCAUAGUCAAGAGAGGUUCGGGCGUGCUGGCUUUUUGGGGCUCUUUGGCCCUAAAGUUGAUCUUUUGGACCACUAUGAAAAGAAGCUAGAAGAUAUAGAUUACAAUGUCAGACUGGAACGAUCUUCAAAGGAGGUGGCAGCAGCCUUUGUGUCUUUCAAAACACGAUUUGGAGCCGCAGUGGCUUUACACAUCCGGCAAGGCAUGAAGCCCACAGAAUGGACUACUGAGCCAUCUCCAGAUCCAGAUGAUGUAUAUUGGCCCUUCUUUUCCGCAUCAUUUUUCAAAAGAUGGUUUUGCAAUGUUGCUGUUUAUGCUGCGUGUGCCGUUCUCAUAGUUCUGUUCCUUAUACCUGUUCUCAUAGUGCAAGGUCUUACCCAUCUGGAACAGCUCGAGAUUUGGUUCCCAUUUCUAAAAGGUGUAUUGCGACUAGAUUUUGUUAGUGAAGUGGUUACAGGAUAUCUUCCUAGUCUCAUUCUUCAGAUGUUUCUCUCUUUAGUGCCUGGAUGGUACUAUGAGAAGAGUAGAAGAAACGUUUACAAAAUAGACCUAGCCAAGAAAUGGCAAAAGUUCACAAAGAACUCGAGUUCUUGUAAGGAUCGUACAACCGACAUCGACAAGGCAACUUUCUUCAUUGCAUAUGUUGUGACAUCUGGAUGGACCAACACCGCCUCUGAGCUUCUUCAGCUAAACCCACUUUUUCUGAGUUUUUUUAAGAAGAGAUUUUGCAACGCAUCAAGUGAAGAGUUUGAUGUCCCAUCAAUACCAUACCACAGAGAAAUUCCACGGCUUCUUUUAUUUGGCCUUCUUGGUGUAACAUAUUUCUUUCUAGCACCCCUAAUCUUGCCCUUUAUUGUGAUAUUCUACUGUAUCGGAUAUGUUGUUUAUCGCCACCAGCUCGUAAAUGUAUAUGCACCCAAGUUUGAGACGGGAGGACAAUUUUGGCCUAUAGUGCACGAUUCGACAAUAUUUUCAUUGAUACUUAUGCAUCUUAUUGCUAUUGGGAUAUUUGGGUUGAAGAAACUUUCACUAGCUUCCAGCUUAACCAUCCCUCUUCCAAUCCUCACUCUUAUAUUCAAUAGCUACUGCCGGAGAAGGUUCUUACCGAUAUUCAUGGCUUAUUCAGCUGAGAGUUUAAUAAGCAAGGACAGAAGUGAUCAAAAUGACCCUUCAACCUCUGCAUUUUAUGAAGAACUGAAGACAGCCUAUCAAGACCCAUCUCUAAUGCCUAUCCCUUAUCCCAGAAACAACGACCGCCAAACGACUCCCCUCCUUCAUACACCAUAGGGCCAUGCGCUGAAAGAACUGUCCGGUCGGUUCUGGGUGGGGCCCUCAUCGAUGACGGGACACAUCUUUGUUUUUUUAAAUUUUUUUUGAAGUCAUGUAUAGUUAACAUAGUCUCAACUUGUGUGCUUGCUUUCUCUCUGUGUACUAUACACACUUGUAAAAUAUUGUUUUUUCUUUCACUAAGGUCUCAAGCUGUUAUUUUACACUUGUAAAAAUAUUGUAUGCUCUCAAACAAUAAUAAUACUCUUUAAUACAAAGGUUUGUUUUUU